GGCUUGGUCUGCGUUUCCCUCCGACCUAGAAAAAGCAAAGAGGCCGGGAGGAAACACGGCCCCUCGCCACUCUCCUCUGCAGUCAGCUCCAGCACUCAGUCUUUGGCCACCCGGGGGAAGACGCAGAGAAGGCGGCGGUAAACCUGGCGCGCCCCGCCCGCGACUGUGCGCGCCAGUCGACAACCGUCGGGGCCAGAAGUUGCCAGCUUCUGAGAGCUGAGUAGGCCCGAAAGGCCAAGGUCGGAGAUACCAGGCAAUUCGGAGAAAGCCGGGGAGAGAAGCAGAGAAGGCCUGGAGGGCGAGAGGGCAAAGUGGCAGGACUGGAGGGGCGGAGUGGGAAUUAGUGGGGUCAGCCAGGCCCCAGGAGCGGAGUGCGGAGAGACUCUGUGGCCCAGUGCGGGCCGGAGGGCGGUGGAGGAGCCGGGGGCGAUGCCGCGGCCGGGGAAGAACUCGUACAGCGACCAAAAGCCGCCCUACUCUUACAUCUCGCUGACUGCCAUGGCAAUCCAGCACUCGGCAGAGAAGAUGCUGCCUCUGAGCGACAUCUACAAGUUUAUCAUGGAGCGCUUCCCCUACUACCGCGAGCACACACAGCGCUGGCAGAACAGCCUGCGCCACAACCUCUCCUUCAACGACUGCUUCAUCAAGAUUCCGCGGCGCCCCGACCAGCCUGGCAAGGGUAGCUUCUGGGCGCUGCACCCCGACUGCGGUGACAUGUUCGAGAACGGCAGCUUCCUGCGGCGUCGCAAGCGCUUCAAGGUGCUGCGCGCCGACCAUACUCACCUGCACGCGGGAAGCACCAAGGGCGCGCCAGGCGCCGGGCCGGGAGGGCACCUUCACCCCCAUCACCACCACCACCCCCAUCACCACCAUCAUCACCACGCUGCCGCGCACCACCACCAUCACCACCACCCACCCCAGCCGCCGCCGCCGCCCCCGCCGCCGCCGCACAUGGUGCACUAUUUCCACCAGCAACCGCCUACUGCUCCGCAGCCGCCUCCGCAUCUCCCGUCGCAGCCCCCGCAGCAACCGCCCCAGCAGUCGCAGCCUCAGCAGCCGUCUCAUCCCGGCAAGAUGCAGGAGGCGGCGGCCGUGGCGGCGGCAGCGGCGGCGGCCGCGGCAGCCGCGGUGGGCAGUGUGGGACGCCUGUCUCAGUUCCCACCUUAUGGGCUGGGCUCGGCCGCCGCCGCUGCCGCCGCGGCCGCGGCGUCCACAUCAGGCUUCAAGCACCCCUUUGCCAUUGAGAACAUUAUUGGCCGGGACUACAAGGGCGUGCUGCAGGCUGGAGGGCUGCCCUUGGCGUCCGUAAUGCAUCACCUGGGCUACCCCGUGCCCGGCCAGCUCGGCAACGUCGUCAGCUCAGUGUGGCCGCACGUUGGCGUCAUGGAUUCAGUGGCCGCCGCCGCGGCCGCCGCAGCCGCAGCCGGAGUCCCAGUAGGCCCGGAGUAUGGGGCCUUCGGGGUCCCGGUCAAGGCCCUGUGCCACUCGGCAAGCCAGAGCCUGCCUGCCGUGCCGGUGCCCAUCAAGCCCACGCCUGCGCUGCCGCCCGUGUCCGCGCUGCAGCCGGGGCUCACUGUCCCCGCGGCUUCGCAGCAGCCUCCGGCGCCAUCCACCGUGUGCUCCGCGGCCGCGGCCUCGCCGGUUGCCUCUCUGCUGGAGCCCACAGCCCCUACUGCGGCGGAGAACAAGGGCGGCUCCUUGCACUCGGUGCUAGUGCACUCCUAGGGGACCCGGCCGGCGAGGGGAGACCAGCGCGGUGAGAGACGCCCGGCCCGGAACCGCACAAA